CUUCAGAGCUUUCUCAUAAAGAACGCAAGAAUGGCAGGUACGGUAAUUUCGGCCAGACUAGCGAACCCUACUGAUGAAUCUGCGAUAAAUAGAUCAGUUCACGGUUCUCCGCCCAUCCUCCUCCACCGUACGCCGCCCAACAGUGAGCGCCAUAUACUCGUCGAUCUCAGAAGAGGAUGGCGGAGAAGAGCAAGAUCCUGAUCAUUGGCGGUACGGGGUACAUCGGCAAGUUCAUCGUGGCGGCGAGUGCGCGGUCCGGGCACCCCACUUUCGCCCUCGUCCGGAGCACCACCGCGCCCGCCGACCAACCCGCCAAGGCCAAUCUCCUCCACGACUUCCAGGCCGCCGGCGUCACCUUCCUCCAGGGGGAUCUGCAUGAUCCCGACAGCCUGGUGAGGGCGAUCCAGCAGGUGGACGUGGUGAUCUCCGCCGUCGGCUCCUGGCAGUUGAAGGAUCAGACCAAGAUCAUCGACGCCAUUAAGGAUGCCGGAGGACACAUUAAGAGGUUCAUUCCAUCAGAGUUUGGCAAUGAUCCAGACCGAAUUCAUGCCGUGGAGCCAGCAAAGUCGAUGUAUGCGAUCAAGGUGCAGAUUCGAAGGUCUGUCGAGGCAGCAGGCAUCCCUUAUACCUUUGUGUCUUGCAACUUUUUUGCUGGGUAUUUCCUCCCGAAGUUGGCACAGGCAGGAGCUAGUGGACUUCCCACAGAUAAGGUUGUCAUCUUGGGUGACGGGAACACGAAAGCUAUCUUUCUUGAUGAAGACGACAUCGGCGCAUAUACAAUAAAUGCAGUGGACGAUCCAAGAGCCUUGAACAAGAUUCUAUAUUCGAGACCACCCGCCAACAUCUUAUCUCACAAUGAGCUUGUUUCCCUUUGGGAGAGGAAAGUCGGCAAGACUUUUGAGAGGGUUUAUGUCUCUGAAGAAGAUGUUUUGAGGCAAAUCCAAGAAUCGCCAAUGCCAUUGAACAUCAUACUUGCUAUUUCACACUCAUCCUUUGUCAAUGGGGACCAAACCAACUUUGAGAUCGAGCCAUCCUUUGGGGUCGAGACUUCGAUGCUCUACCCUGACGUAAAAUACACUACCGUGGAUGAAUACCUGGACCGCUUCCUCUGAGAGCACGUCGUCGAUCCCCAAUAGCCACUUAGGAAUGCAAAUUAAUCACUAUGAUGAGUUUGUGUGUCGUAUUAAUUGGUGUGAUGUCAAUACAUAAUGAUCGUAUGUAUGUCUCUUUGUUGUUUAAAUGAUUAAACAACAAAGAGAGUUGAACUAAAAGAAUAGUUGAAUUAUGUCGGAAAGAUGAUUAGUUCAAUUUGUGCGAAGAGAAAAUGGCAUUGCCCCUA